AUGCGAACACGUCGAUCGACCGAGUUCGUUUACUCCUCUCCGAAUCACCUUCCAUCAUCCGGUUCACUUUCUCGACGAUUUCCACGUCCACCGCCAAUCACAGGUGAUCCAGAUUGGAAUCAAGGUCGUCAAUAUGGCAUUGUCAUCGAUGCAGGAAGUUCAGGAAGUCGAGUUCAAAUUUAUAGCUGGCGUUCUCACGAGUUAGAAGUUCAACUUCGCAAAUCUGCAUCUCAACCGUUGAACGUCUUACCUCGAGUCGAGACCGGUAGGGGCGAUGGUCCUUUAUGGUAUCACAAGGUCGAGCCAGGUAUCUCGUCUUUCGGUUCGCACCCUCAUGACGUGGGGGAUUAUCUCAAACCGCUUCUCGAUCAUGCUCUCACCGUCAUACCCGCCUCCAGCGUUUCGACUACUCCGUUCUAUCUUCUUGCCACAGCCGGUAUGCGCUUGGUGCCCGAAGUUCAACGUCAAGCUAUCCUCCAAAACGCAUGUCAAUAUGUCAUGUCAAACUAUCGCUUCGUUAUCCGGGAUUGCGCGACCGAUGUACGAGUGAUUACGGGCGAAGAAGAAGGCGAAUUCGGUUGGAUUGCAGUCAAUUAUCUUAUGGACGGAUUUGACGCACACGAUGGCAAGCAAAAGGCUUCUACAUUUGGAUUCCUUGAUAUGGGUGGUGCUAGUACUCAGAUCGCCUUUGAACCAACUCACAAUGAGCGUAAGGCUCACCCUGAAGCUCUUUCAAAGUUACGCUUACGAUUAUUAAAUGGGGAAGACGUCAUUCACUCAGUGUUCGUCACAACUUGGCUUGGAUACGGAACGAAUCAGGCCCGGGCACGAUAUUCACAGCGGCUCUUAGAUCAACACGGAAUAUUCGACCCUUGCUUACCUUCGUCACUCACAAUUCCCUCCUCAAUCGAAAGCCACCAAUUUGAAGGUACUGGGGAUUUCAAAUCAUGUAUCAAAAAUCUUUCCCCUUUACUCAAUAAGGAUGCCCCAUGUGCAGAGGCACCCUGUCUAUUUGAUGGAAAACAUGUACCUCCAAUCGAUUUCUCAGUCAAUCAUUUCAUUGGUAUAUCUGAAUACUGGUAUUCUACUCAAGAGGUUUGGUCUCUGGGAGGAGUUUAUGACUUUGUCGAGUUUGAAAAACAUGCUAUUGAUUAUUGCAAGCGUAAUUGGGAUGAAAUUGUUCGAGAUCAUAAAUCUGGUACUAGAUGGCCGACUACAGUUGAAAUUUCUCGACUUCAAAGUCAAUGUUUUAAAGCAGCAUGGAUCAUCAACAUCUUACAUGAAGGUAUAGGUAUCCCUCGGAUCAUCGAUAAAGGUGGUUCUGGUGAUCACGCUGGGCAUGCUAGUGAUCGCAUAGAGAAAGCUGCUGCCAAGGGUUUGGAUUCUAGACCGCCAAGCUUUCAAAGUCUCAACGAUGUGGGCGAUGUACUUGUUAGUUGGACGCUAGGAAAAAUGGUACUCGAAGUGUCGCAGAGCGCUCCU